AGUCCCAGCUGUGUGCUGCUUUGCUUCCUGUAUGAACCACGUGGUGUGUGAAGGCAGACUGCAGCUUCUUUUGUUCAAAUCAAUCAAACCGCAGACGGACAGAGAGCUGCUGAAUCAGGAAAUCACCGCCUCAGAUUGAUAAAAUGCCACGUAAGAAGGUGACUGAUGUUUCAGGGAACGGUGGGAUGAAGAAGAAGAGGGCCAGCGGCAAAAGGAAAGAGCGAGACUUCAGUAGCGAUGACGACUUCGACUUCGAGCAGGAGAACAACAAGAAGCCCGGCAAGCCUGUGAAGUCCGGUCUACAGCCCGUCACUGUGGCAGAUGAUGUCAAAGAGAAAAUAAAACUUGAGUGCCCAAAGGUUAAAGGUCAACUGCUCAUCUUUGGCGCAACUAACUGGGAUUUGAUUGGACGAAAGGAGGUGCCCAAACAACAAGCUGCUUUCCGCAACCUGGGCCAGAACCUGUGGGGUCCUCACCGCUACGGGUGUCUGAAUGAUGUCCAGGUGAGCUGCGUGGUGUCGGGUCCCUGUGCUGCACACAGCCUCCUCAUGACCACCGAGGGCAAGCUGUGGAGCUGGGGUCGUAACGACAAAGGUCAGCUGGGCCACGGGGACACAAAGCGUCUGGAGGCCCCCAAACUAAUCGAAGCCCUGGCAGAUCACGUGAUUGUUGCUGCAGCCUGCGGACGCAAUCACACCCUGGCGCUCACAGAGGACGGCACUGCAUACUCGUUUGGUGAGAACAAGUUGGGCCAGCUUGGCCAGGGGAACCAGACCGAUGCAGUCCUCAGCCCAGCACCAAUUUCCUAUAAUGGCCAGCCCCUGGUGAAGGUGGCCUGUGGUGCUGAGUUCAGCAUGGUGGUGGAUUGCAAAGGAAACCUGUACUCGUUCGGGUGCCCGGAGUACGGACAGCUGGGUCACAACAGUGACGGGAAGUUCAUUGCUCGCGCCCAGCGCAUCGAGUUUGACUGUGAGCUCAUUGCUCGCCGUGUCGCCAUCUUCAUUGAGAAGUCCAAGGACGGCCAGGUCAUGCCCGUGCCCAACGUGGUGGUCCGAGACGUGGCCUGCGGGGCCAACCACACGCUGGUGCUGGACUCUCAGAAGCGAGUGUUCAGCUGGGGUUUUGGUGGUUACGGGCGUCUGGGUCACACGGAGCAGAAGGACGAGAUGGUUCCUCGACUGGUCAAACUGUUUGACUUUCCUGGACGUGGAGCCAGUCAGAUCUGCACAGGCUACCAGUGCUCCUUUGCUGUCAGCGAGAUGGGAGGGCUGUUCUUCUGGGGGGUGACAAACACUUCCAGAGAGUCGACCAUGUACCCCAAAGCUGUGCAGGACCUGUGUGGCUGGAAGAUCCGCAGUCUGUCAUGUGGGAAGAGCAGCAUCAUCAUUGCUGCAGACGAGAGUACGAUCAGCUGGGGCCCCUCGCCCACGUUUGGAGAGCUGGGAUAUGGAGACAACAAACCCAAGUCCUCCACCACCGCCCAGGAGGUCAAGACCUUGGAUAGCAUCUACAUCGAGCAGGUGGUGAUGGGCUACUCUCACUCUCUGGUGAUCGCCCGACAGGACACCGAGCAGGAACAGGAGAGACUGAAAAAGCUGCCCGAGUACAACCCCCGAACAAUCUGACGGGGCCGCCAGCAGCAGCACCUCCACCCCUUUCCCCGCAGCAGGGACUGAACCAGAACACCUAGCCUGUUCGUCGCACCGGUGGGACGGUUGAGUUCGGGGGGGGGGGGGUGCUGGAUAUCCACACAUCUCAACUACCAGCAAAAUGGCUCCACACAAAUUUGGACACUGAAAUCAAACGGACAGGAGACGCACGGGCCCUCAGGAUGGUCCAGCUCUCUCAGUGAACGGUCAUCUCCAUUUCCACCUCGAGCAAACCUGCAACAGUUUGCUCCAAGCACUUCACAGCCAGCAGCCACGCUUCCUAAAACACCUUUUCUAUUUUGUAAUACAGCCAAACUCCAUGUGUUCAGUUGUUGUUUUCAUUGUUGCAGUAUUUGAAACGAUAACAUUGUUUGUCACGUUUACGGGUGCUACAGCAGGACCCUCAGGCUUUUCCUACUGAGGGUUUUUUCAGAGACCAACGCUCUCCAUACCUGUGCCUUUUUCUACGCGUACGUUCAGGGUAUGGGAGUCUUCUUUGUGUUGUUCAUGGCAGUGUGCGUGCAGCUGCCACAGAUUAAAUCAGGAUUUGAUGAUGUUCUGAGUUUGUGAACGCCACUUGACGUUACAUUCCUUUUGUUGUCUUCUUCGUUUGCAUCGAGGACGCACGCCUCCGUCCUUCCAACGCCACCCCUUUUGUGAGCUCCUGUCUCUGCUAGUCUGAGUAAUAUCAACUUUUCCAACACUCAGAUGGUUCCAUAGGCGGGUCAGAGCUCCAGGACCAGCACUGCUGUCUGGUUCGGUGUGUCAGGGCAUGCUGGGAAGGAGGGUGUGGCCUGUUUUAAACACAGCAGAUGUGUUCUCUGCUACUUGUACUGCAUUCUUUUUUUAUGGUGAAAUUUCUCUGGGUUAUUGUUUUUUUCAUUGAAAUGGUUAAAUAAAGAUUCAUGUGAAUUCA